AGAACGGAGUCGUGAGCCAAGAUGGGGAACUGGAUCAUAAACCAUGGACUGGAAUCCUUUAUUUUGGUGGUCUGGAUGGGCAUCAAUAUCUUCUUGUUUGUGCGUUUCUAUUUGUUCUACGACUUGGGCCCUCAGUUCUUCUACACUCGUCAGCUACUAGGGUCCGCACUCGCCUGGGCCAGAGCUCCUGCUGCAGUUCUCAACUUUAACUGCAUGCUCAUCCUCCUGCCAGUAUGCCGCAACCUUCUGUCUCUGCUCCGUGGCUCAUUCGUGUGCUGUGGACGAACUAUGCGGAAACAGUUGGACAAAAACCUCACAUUCCACAAGCUGGUUGCCUACAUGAUUGCCUUAAUGACCGCUGUUCACACUGUUGCCCAUUUGCUUAAUGUGGAAUGGUACAUCAACAGUCGACAUGGACGAUAUGGUCCUCUCCCUGGUAAUCUCUCCAAGCUUGAAGAUGAGGAAGACGAUCACACUACUUUCCUGAAUCCUGUCCCGUCUGACUCUACGACUCCAACCAUAUUUGCGUUCACCACCAUUGCUGGCCUUACGGGAGUUGUAAUCACCCUCGCUCUCAUCCUCAUGAUUACGUCCUCAAUGGAAGUCAUUCGGCGAAGUUACUUCGAGGUCUUCUGGUACACCCAUCACCUCUUCAUCAUCUUCUUUGCAGGCCUCGUCUUUCAUGGUGCAGGGCGCAUUGUGCGAGGCCAGCUGCCCACUAACCCUCCUCAUAAUACGACCUUUUGCAAAGAUCAUCCAGACAAAUGGGGUGAGAUUCCAGAAUGUCCGAUUCCUCAGUUUGCUGGAGGGUUUCCUCAGACCUGGAUGUGGGUGAUUGGUCCUAUGGUAAUCUACAUAUGUGAGAGAUUGCUACGCUUUAUCCGCUACUUGCAGACUGUGCGAUACAAAAAGAUUGUGAUGCAUCCAUCCAGAGUCCUGGAGCUACAGUUGGUGAAGUCUGGUUUUAAAAUGGAUGUUGGCCAGUAUGUCUUUUUGAACUGUCCAGAAAUCUCUCAACUGGAGUGGCACCCAUUUACAAUGACAUCAGCCCCUGAGGAAGAUUUUUUCACCAUUCACAUUCGACAAGCUGGUGACUGGACUGAGAAACUCAUCAAGAUGGUGGAAAACCUACCAGAAGGGAGUCAAGGACCAAAAAUUGGUGUGGAUGGUCCAUUUGGGACCGCCAGUGAAGAUGUGUUUGACUAUGAGGUCAGCAUGCUAGUGGGCGCUGGGAUUGGAGUGACCCCAUUUGCCUCCAUCCUGAAGUCCAUCUGGUAUAAGUUUAAAGAUUCCAACCCCAAACUGCAUACAAGAAAGAUUUACUUCUACUGGUUGUGCAGAGAGACACAUGCCUUUGAGUGGUUUGCAGACCUGCUUCAGGUGCUUGAGAAAGAAAUGGAGGAGAGAGGCUUGAAAGACUUUCUAACAUAUAAACUCUUCCUCACUGGUUGGGACCAUACUCAUGCAGCUCAUGUGAUGGUACAUUUUGAUAAAGAUACUGAUGUUAUCACUGGACUAAAGCAGAAGACUCACUAUGGGAGGCCCAACUGGGAGAAAGAAUUUGAGCAAGUUCGUCAAGAGAACCCAUCGUCAGUGGUUGGCACGUUCCUGUGUGGCCCGGCUUCCUUAGCGAAAGAUUUGGAAAAGAAAUGUGUGAAAUAUUCAGACGUGGAUCCUCGGAAGACCAAAUUUUACUUCAACAAAGAGAACUUUUGAGCAGAUUUGAGCUAACAUCUUAACUUGAGGGAAAAACUUCUCUGGUCUUUGCACUUUCUGUUAUGAGCUUAUGCAAUGUCAGUUUGACAAUAUGACGGUUUUUGUAUUGCUGCCUGCAUGGGUGUGGAGGCCUGAAGUAAUUAACACUACCUCUUCCAGAAAACUGUGUAUAAGGGUGUGUAUAUAUGUACAAAAUCUCUGUAUCUAUAUCUGAUUGGAGCCUGAUUUAUUGUCGCUGCACUCUGUGUGGCAUGAGGUUUAGCUACAGCAAGACUGUAGGUUUGUGCAGGGGCCAGCUGUUUGUAGUAGUGAUAACCAUCAGUGUAAAAUAUUUCAUGGUACUCUGUAGCAACAUACUAUUGACACUAUAUAUGCUAUACUAUGUAUUGAAUUAUCCCAUUUCUGGGAUGAUUGCAUGUUUGCAGUUUUUGAAAGGCAGACAGAAGCCCACAGGCACACUCCACACUGACUGUAAAUCAGGCUUUAAUGCCAUAUACUGUGGGAGUGAUUUUCUUUAAUCUGGGUGUGGCUUCCUACCUUGUUACUGAUGAAUCAUCUUUAGCUUUAUGACAAUUUCCUUUUUUUGUGAAACUGAACACGUGGCUUGCCCCUUUACCAUAUUUAAGUAGGUUGCUUUGUAUAGGAAGUCCUGUUGAAUCAUAAGUUCCUGUGUCUUGGCACUGUGUCUUUACCUAGGCUUCUCAGAAAAGGUGUACCAGGAUAUGCAUAGGGAAGAAAAAGUUUCCUGGAAACCAAGUGGCUUUUCAUUGCAGCCAGGCCAAUCGCUCUAGAUAAACCACUUGCUCAGUGUUAUUUUCUCUUAUUGUUUGAUGGAAUUUGAUUUUGUAAUCCUGUGUUUGAAAAAGCGUUCUGACAAUACAGAUAUUUUUUUCUUUUUAUUGAAAAGAAAUAUUCAGACAGACAAUAAAGAUUUGACAAAAAUGAAAUGAA